CCUCAAUUGCUAGCUGUUAUAUAUUAAUAAACCCAAGCAAGCUCACCACAAAUCCCACCCAAUUUCGACCUAAUUUCACCACCACAGCCAUGUCCUCCUCCACCAUUGCCUAUUCACUGAUGAUCGCCCUCAUUAUCGCGGCGACGGCGACCGCGCAGUCACCCGCGCCGGCGCCGACAUUUCCGGAAGCGCCUGGGCCUGCGCCGGAGCUGGAUUGCUUCCCUUAUUUACUAAACCUGUCGGAUUGCCUGACAUUUGUAGAGGAGGGGAGUAAUCUGACCCAACCCGCCGGCGGAUGCUGCCCGGAGCUGGGGAACUUGGUGGAUACGCAGCCAAUCUGCUUGUGCCAGCUGUUGGGGGACCCCUCCAAGGUUGGGAUCGCCGUCGAUCUCAACAGAGCUCUUAAGCUGCCUUCUCUCUGCAAUGUCUCCACCCCUCCGGUUAGCUUGUGUGCAGCCAUCGGUAUUCCAGUAUCUCUCUCACCAAGUGAAGCCCCUUCACCAGCAUUCACACCAACUGAAGGCCCUUCCUCAGGUGGAGAAGAAACAACACCACCAGCAUCUGAUGCUGGAAGCACAACCAAUUUAGUGUCCAUCCACCAUUUCCUCAUUGGAUUUGUAUUUUUCAUAUAUUUCUUCACAUUCUAAGCUCUAUGUAAUUUACAUUUCCAUGCAGAUUCAUAUCUUCAUUUCAUCAUUUAUAUAUGGACUUAUGUAUCGUUGUAGCUAAUUGAAUUCAUUACACGCUUAA